AUGGACAUCUUUGCUGAACCAGACGACCCUAUCCAGACCGUCCAGGACCAGACGCCGUAUCUCUGCAUCGAGCACUGGGAUGGGGGCCUGUUUCGCACCUACGGCCAUAGAAAGCACAAAACAAGCAUUAUACCAGUACUGCUGCGGACGGUUCCGGAUAUCCCCCCGGCAGACCAACCGUACCUAGAGAACCUGUACCCAACCCCGAAGGAGGAGCUCCAGCCGUUGAUACAGACAUGGCUGUACUUUGGGAUGCUGGCCGAAAUGCUGGGCUUGAACGAGAUCGCGCCCGGUGUUCGGCUAGUCGAGGAAGCUGCCGCUACGGAGGAAAUCUCGAGGCUGCACAAGCAAUUGACCCGCGAGGAGAAUGGGCAAACAGUUCUCACUGCCGCCGAGAUCCUCACCUGGGGUCCGCUCUUCCUCGAAAGACUCCAGAUGGCAGAGAACGAGUUCGACAGACUUGUUUACAUACUCCAGUGCCUGCAGUGGGCAAUGGUCAUGCUGCACUCUACCCAGGAAAACAUUGACCAUGCCGUUCGCUACUCCAUCGCCGCGCUGGGCGAGCUCUUCACCACGGGCAUCUACGCCGCCGCCUCGUCGGCCCAGCCGAAGAUCGAGUUGCCGAUUUUGGGCAUCUCCUGGCACCGAGACUAUAUUUGUCCCGGGGGCAGGGUCGAGCAAAAGAUGGUACGCAACGGCUGGUGCCCCAGUGAGAUUGAAAAGAUCCGGUCGCAGCUGCAAGGUUUGUACACGAUGCAUUACACGAGCCAGUUGAAGAAGCCGACGCCUUGGUUGGACCAUUCGAGCUGUGCCAAGACGUUUUGCGGCGCGUUUCGCAUCGACAUGAGCACAUAUGAGCCCGCCCAUGUACAGGACGGUUGUGGGUGCGAGUUCAUCGAGGCGGAUCCGGCAAAGGUGGCGGGCAUCUUGACAAAUACCGAUAGUUUCCCGGUUGUGCGGGUGGAAGGGGACUUGGACGAUGUGAAGAUUGUGGUUGAGGAGUUUGAGCAGGGAGUCUCUUAUGUGGCAUUGUCGCAUGUUUGGGCGGAUGGUCUCGGAAAUCCGGCUAGCAAUUCGCUCCCAAAGUGCCAAAUUGCACGAAUCAGCAAGCUUAUAGACGACCUACCCAGGGCUCCUGGCAGCACAGAGUCUCCGCGGCUUUGGCUCGACACGUUGUGCUGCCCAGUCGAGGUGGAGAGCAAAAUGAUCUGCCUCGAACGCAUCGCUGAUGUGUAUAGGAAGGCGCACCACGUUUUGGUGCUGGAUACGAGUCUGACCGCAUUCAAGUAUGAAGGAACUAGCCCUGCCGAGCUGCUAGUUCGGGCGUUUGGCUGUUCGCCUUGGAUGAGGAGGCUAUGGACUUUGCAAGAGGGCGCACUUGCGAGGACUCUCCAGAUCCAGUACGCAGACAAGGCCGGGAACAAUAUCGCCAUGUUGACGGACCUGUGGACGCUUGGCAAGCAGGAUUCGCGAUACAUGCGAAUAUGGCAGGACGUGCUCAACGAGUUUAGUCAACUACUCGGCUUCAGUCCCAAGACCGGCCCCGAAAACGUCCUCAAAUGGCAGCAGCCGCAAGUCACGACUCUCCAGCGAACCCUCAACUUCCGCACCGUCUCCGUCCCCGCCGACGAAGCGCUCUGCAUCUCAACCCUCAUGAAACUAGACACGAAAUACAUUGCCGCUGGGAGAGGUGCCAGUCAGCGCAUGAAACGGAUGUGGGAAAAGCUAUGCGAAGCAAACGGCGGCAUAUCGACCCGGCUGCUAUUCUACUUGGACGAACAGCUCGACAUAGACGGCUGGCGGUGGGCGCCGAGAUCCCUCCUCGCGCCCGCCGUGCACGACCCUGUCCUCAGCAUAGACGAGCGUGUCAUGCGCUUUCACACAAGGGAGCCAGCCGAUGCCUCGGACAGUGUCGUUCUUGGCACCCCGACGCCAAUAGGGCUGAAGGCACGAUUGCCAGGCUGCAGAGUUGUGCCGACGCCGCUCCUGCCGAAUUUCCCAUUGCACGCCUGGCCAGAGGUUAUCCAUUCGAUUGAAGACCAGGUCGUUGCGCAGAAUGAAAGCACAGGGCAGUGGUUCCGCAUCAUCGACUGGUACCGCAGCAAGAAAAUAUCCGUGUGGACGCGCGAACAGCGCCGCGAGUAUGACAAGCGCGAGAACAAUCCUCUCUGCAGGGCGAUCCACACGGGCAAGUGCUGCCUCAUCAUGGAUCAAAAGAUGACUUUGGAUGACGGCACCACGGCCAGUUGUUUAGUGCAGGUUGAAGAGCUAAGCUCGCAGGAACUGCGAGCGGUGGGACACACAGCCGAGGAGAAGCACCUGGCGUUGAAGGCCCGUCGGGAAAGAGCCGUCAUUUUAUCUCCGAUCGACGAGAAGGAGGGAAAGAUGCUGUCUAGAAUCAAGGAUCUAGCGAUUGUCUUGGCAAAGGACCCGGUGACGGAUGAGUUCUUGCAAAUGCAGAAGAGUUACAAGCCGGGGCAGGAGGAGUGGGAGGCGGCGGAGCUUACGGUCCGGAGAAGGAUGAAGGAGGUUGUGGAGGAGGCUUGGUACGCGGACGACGAGUUUCGGCAGACGAUGAGAGAGUACACUGGUGACGAUCUGGAUGACUAUGUGUGGGUGUUUGUGCCCAAGGUGUUUUCGCAUGCUAUUUGGUUGAGGGAGCUGCCUGAGAGGCAGUUGUGGUUUGUGGAUUAG